UUGAAGGUCAAGGGUUUCUGAAGUUCAAAGCGCUUAAUCGCCAUAUCAUUUCUUUCCGCCUUCGCCACUCCUUUUCGCAUUUUCACUUAAAUGUGGAGCAUCCAAUGAUUUAGCUCAUCAACAAAUUGUCCAUCAUCUGCUUUCAGUCCCACUCCAAGCAGUCAUGCGAUCCGUAAUGCGAUCUGUAAGCCGCAGUUCCAUAUCGUGUUCUUACUUGUGUCUGACAAACGUUUUUAAGCAUGACACUCGUCGCCGACGCGAAGCCGCCCCUUCAGCCAACCAAAAUCCCCAUCCUAUUCACAAACUUCCCCACGAUGUGCUCGCACGCGUCUUCUCCCAGGCCACAGUAGAUGAGGACAAUAAUACCCUCCUCAGUAUCUCGCACACCUGGAGAUACUGGAGGUCACUAACUCUCGCGCUCCCAACUCUUUGGUGGAACUGCAUCUAUACUACUCUUAUCCCAUUUAACCGUGAAACGCCACUCUCAGAGGAGGACAUGAAGGUCCAGGACAACAAACUGGACUACUUUCGAACGUGGAUCGCACGUUCCAAAAACGCUGUCAUCCGAAUCUCUUUUCAAUUAAGUAGUCCAAUGACGUGGGGAUUCGACCUCCACACAGUCGAUCGUCGUGGCGCCGGCAAGACCGAUCCAGUUCGCAUUUAUCCCCCCCACGUUGGAUUCCUGCGCGACAUCAUAGCGAAGAACCUCCCCCGUGUCCGGCACCUGGAUCUUUCGGAAGUCGAUCUUGAACCACUUCUCCCUCUUCCUAACACGGAAAACAUCCAGUAUAUUACAAUCGACACAGAUAACCCUUGUAUCUGUAAGGACUCUGGUAUUUACGAACCACCCAGGGUUGCAAGGACAUUGUUUGGUUCGAUCCCCCGGGCUCGCUGCCUCAGGAUUUGCGGGGAGCCCGUGGACACCACCCAAUUCAUGUCCUCGUUGUCAACUGCGGUCCGUUUAACCCAUCUGGAGUUCGUUCCUUACGGUCGUGGCAAUAUCGGAUGUUUCCACCCCAAUGAGGAAGAAGGCGUCGGGAUCGGGCUUACCACUUCUCAGGUUCUCUGUAUCCUUCGCAGCUGUCCCAAUCUACAGAUCCUGCGGAUACAUGAUAUUCGGGACUCUUCUCCCCCCUUGCCACAUGGAGGCGUCUUUCCAAAAAUGCAACACGUUUUAUUCGGAUGCCAGCGCUAUCACUCUCUCGACCGGUUGGUGAGCCUCUGCACAUUCCCAAAUGCACGGUCGCUCGAGUAUUGUACAUCGUUUGAGCACGAACCAAGCAUGGAGAUGAAUAUUGUUCCGUACCCCUUUGAAAUGAAGGCUCUUGAACACGUCACCUUCCACUGCGUUCCUUCGUCGCUAAUCUGGAAAGUGAUCGCAGCUGCUCCCAUCCUUACAACUAUCCGGCUCUUCGGUUGUGGAAUGCCAGUCAACGCCACGAACGUCUCUGUAUCGGAUCUCUCGGUGAUGCUUGGCCCUCUCAUCCUGAACUUGGAGAACUGGCGUCAGGGACAGGCUGUACUGGCGCCAGGUCUCAAGGCCAUAGCUUUGGCGGGCGUAUACUGGGCUGAAGGGUUUGAGCUUCUGCGCCGAUAUCUACUCGGCCGGCGCCAGCGGGGGCUCGGGCUCCCCAGAGCUAUGUUCGACGACAUACUCUGUCCCGACAGGACGAGAUCCUCUCGGUCGAAGUCGGAUCCCCCGCCUCCGUGGAAAGCCGAGGAGAGCAGACUCAGAAAAGCUGGCUUCCCUGUGGAGGGUCUGAAUGCAGAGGCGUGUGACAUCGCUGACAAGGGAGUGCUAUGGGACAACGUUUAUGGGAACCUUACGGUUGGAGACAGUGAUUCGCACCGGGCUUUGCAGCGGUGCAACCAGGACAUUUAUCGCCAGUUCGGGCCUGAUCGUGAAUGAUAGACCAUCGUGGUGGGCAAACAUUUCUCGAAGUCUGACCCUCUAACUAACCAUCGGACCAUUGUUAUCCCUACAGCCCUUACGCAUUAUUUAUAUGUUAGAUGCACGUGUAUCUCUUCUCCCCAUCACUUAGAUAUUCAUGCUCGUAUACCACUGCCCCGUUAUCUGGACAAUUGAAUGUCGAUACUGGAGACCGCCAUUGGCAAGUGAGAUCCGGGUUUCUUCUCUCUCGCUUGUUGUGCGAAUGAACCACGAGAUAGAUAAGCUUCUGAGGAUGCGUAGACUGAGGUAUUGAGGGGAUCAAGUAUCUGUUCAGAUAUCUGACGAGACUGGCUCGUCUUCCUCGUAAGAAGAGCACAAGACUGUCGGGAACUUAUGUUCCUGUC